AUGUCGGGACGUAAAAUAUUGCGACGAUUCUCAUCGAGCAUCUCAGAUCUUCUCAGCCUCCAGAGAAAAGAUGUUAUCGAUGAAAUAGAGAAUACUACACCCCUACAUAAUGCUGUCCAAAUGGGCAAUACAAUAAUGGCAACGAAUUUUGUUGAAUCAAAAUCUGUAUGGAUUGAUGAGGAAGAUGGAAAAGGACGAACUGCUUUACAUUAUGCAAUGGAACAAUUUAACACUGAAAUGGCCUCUAUUUUGCUUCAAGGCGGAGCAAAUGUGGAUUGUGUUGACUUCGAAGGAAUCUCAGCCUGCCAUAUUGCCUGUCGAGAUGGGAUGAUCGAUCAUUUCAAUCUAUUACUUUAUUACCACGCUGAUGUUUGCGCUAUUGACAAAUCUGGCAAAACGCCAUUUGAUUUGGCUUGCGAGUUUGGGCAAGAAAAAAUGAUGGAGAGAUUAUUAACCUGUGGGGUUAAGAAGGAAUGUCUGUUGAAUGCCGGUUUAGCUCAUACAGCUUCUGCUCUUCAUCUAGCCGCCAAAAACGGGCAUGUUCAAAUUGUGUCACGUUUACUGGAAAAUGGAUGGCCUAUUAACCGCGUCAAUGAAACUGGAAGUGCUCUUCAUUGUGCUGCAGGAUUUGGAAAAUCUCAAGUGGUCCGAUUCCUUUUACGAGCCGGAAUAAACACCAAUUUGACCAAUGCUCAAGGUCAAACUGCUUUCGAAUUCGCCAAAAAGAAUUCUUCAAAGAACCCGAUCACAUAUAAGGAAAUCCGAUUUUUGCUCAAAAAUUGCAAGAACUUUGUGAAUGCGAUAGCCGUUAGCGAGCACGCUGGUAUCAAAGCCGACGAACUCUCAUUCUCUUUUGGCGACCAAAUUUGGGUCGUUGAACGAAACGGCGAAGGCCACUGGAAAGGCAUCGUCUUCGGCCAAAAAGGCAAUUCACGAAGCGGAUAUUUUCGAUCCAGUACCGUCGUCAUCAAACCAGGCGAGAAGAAGCGACUACAACGCUCUCAAAUCAGCUCAUCAAGUUAG